AUAUUUUAUUCUUUAAAAGAAUAUAAACGAUAUAACUGUUAACAUUUCGUUAACAGUUAUAUCGCGAAAGCCAUGAUUUUUUUCUUUAAGUUUGCAUUUGUGAUUGGAGUGCUCACUUUAACUGAUGGAAAAGAUGCUAAAGAAGAAAUAGACUACAUUCAAUCAUUGAUAAAAUGCAGUGUGCAACAGGAGUUGACCAUCAUUAAUGAGGAAGGUUGCAAUCCACAAGAAGUAAAGAUUGGAGUUUGUCAAGGUACCUGCCUCUCAGCUACGUCAUUCAAAAAUAGCUACCCGUGGUACACUUCUAAAUGCACAUGCUGCAAGAAAGAAAAAGUAAAAAUAGAAACAUUCGAAAUCAACUGUGGAGAAACAAUCAAAUUUGUAUUGAGAGAGAGCAUAGUUGCCUGUAAAUGCACAGCAUGUGAUUCUGAAAAAGAAUAACAUUUUAAAUUAAAAUAUUAAAGUAAUGUAAAAAGACUGUGAAGAUAAACAAUUUACUGGUUUAACUGAACACAAGGACCUCUGAAUACGUGUAUCUAACACACGUGAAAUAAACAGUUUUUCGAAAUUUCUGGCGCUAAAAAACAAUCCUGAAAUUAGAAAUUAUUUUUAUUUGAAUACAAAUCAUUUAAAUUUUGUAUGGUCAGUUAACUACUUCUAUUUUGUUUAAUAAAAUACAACAAAA